AUGGAACGCGAAACAAGGAUGGUGUAUCAGAGGCGUGAGGCACGAACAAAGAAGAGGUGUGAUCAGGGGCGGGAAGAAGGCGAUGCGGUGGACGCGAAUGAGAGGGUGGAACAGGAGCGUAUCAUGUUCGAUGACGAGGGUCGAGAGUUUCGCGCGACGGAGGGGGAUAGGGAGGGAGAUGAACGAGAGCAGGAGAGGGUCGAGAACGAGAGGCGUCUUAAGCGCGAAAAUCAGGUUGCGCUGCAGAGAGAGGUCGGGACUGAGGGACUCAAGGAGAAAAGGUCGAUGGAGCGCGAAAGAGAGGAGGCACGACAGAGGGUGGAAAAGGAGGGGCUCGAGGCACAAAGGCGGGUGGAGCGCGAGAAGGAGGAGAAUAGGCAGAGGGAGGAGGAAGAGCGGAAGAGGGAGGAGGCGAGGAAGGUGGAGCGCGAAAGGGAGGAGAAUCGGCAGAGACAGGCGGAAGAGCGGAUAAGGGAGGAGGCGAGGAAGGUGGAACGCGAAAAACAGGAGGCGCGGCAGCGGGUGGAGGAAGAGCGCAAGAGGGAGGAGGCGAGAAAGAUGGAGCGCGAAAAGGAGGAGACCAGGCAGAGGGAGGAGGAAGAGCGGAAGAGGGAGGAGGCGAGGAAGGUGGAGCGCGAGAAAGAGGAGGCGCGGCAGAGGGAGGAGGAAGAGCGGAAGAGGGAGGAGGCGAGAAAGAUGGAGCGCGAAAAGGAGGAGACUCGGCAGAGGGAGGAGGAAGAGCGGAGGAGGGAGGAGGCGAGGAAGGUGGAGCACGAAAAAGUGGAGCGGCAGAGGGAGGAUGAAGAGCGGAAGAGUGAGGAUGCGAAGAAUGUGGAGCGCGAAAAGGAGAAACUGCAGAGGGAGGAAGAAAAUCGGAAGAGGGAGGAGGCAAGGAGGGUGGAGCGCGAAAAACAGGAGGCGCGGCAUCGGGUGGAGGAAGAGCGGAGGAGGGAGGAGGCAAGAAAGAUGGAGCGCGAAAAAGAGGAGGCACGUCAGCGGGAGGAGGAAGAGCGGAGGAGGGAGGAGGCGAGAAAGAUGGAGCGCGAAAAGGAGGAGACCAGACAGAGGGAGGAGGAAGAGCGGAAGAGGGAGGAGGCGAGGAAGGUGGAGCGCGAGAAAGAGGAGGCGCGGCAGAGGGAGGAGGAAGAGCGGAAGAGGGAGGAGGCGAGAAAGAUGGAGCGCGAAAAGGAGGAGACUCGGCAGAGGGAGGAGGAAGAGCGGAGGAGGGAGGAGGCGAGGAAGGUGGAGCACGAAAAAGAGGAGCGGCAGAGGGAGUAUGAAGAGCGGAAGAGUGAGGAUGCGAAGAAUGUGGAGCGCGAAAAGGAGAAUCUGCAAAUGGAGGAAGAAAAUCGGAAGAGGGAGGAGGCAAGGAGGGUGGAGCGCGAAAAACAGGAGGCGCGGCAUCGGGUGGAGGAAGAGCGGAGGAGGGAGGAGGCGAGAAAGAUGGAGCGCGAAAAAGAGGAGGCGCGUCAGCGGGAGGAGGAAGAGCGGAGGAGGGAGGAGGCGAGAAAGAUGGAGCGCAAAAAGGAGACCAGACAGAGGGAGGAGGAAGAGCGGAAGAGGGAGGAGGCGAGGAAGGUGGAGCGCGAGAAAGAGGAGGCGCGGCAGAGGGAGGAGGAAGAGCGGAAGAGGGAGGAGGCGAGAAAGAUGGAGCGCGAAAAGGAGGAGACUCGGCAGAGGGAGGAGGAAGAGCGGAGGAGGGAGGAGGCGAGGAAGGUGGAGCACGAAAAAGAGGAGCAGCAGAGGGAGGAUGAAGAGCGGAAGAGUGAGGAUGCGAAGAAUGUGGAGCGCGAAAAGGAGAAUCUGCAGAGGGAGGAGGAAAAUCGGAAGAGGGAGGAGGCAAGGAGGGUGGAGCGCGAAAAACAGGAGGCGCGGCAUCGGGUGGAGGAAGAGCGGAGGAGGGAGGAGGCGAGAAAGAUGGAGCGCGAAAAAGAGGAGGCGCGUCAGCGGGAGGAGGAAGAGCGGAGGAGGGAGGAGGCGAGAAAGAUGGAGCGCGAAAAAGAGGAGGCGCGGCAGAGGGAGGAGGAAGAGCGGAAGAGGGAGGAGGCGAGGAAGGUGGAGCGCGAAAAAGAGGAGGCGCGACAGCGGGAGGAGGAAGAGCGAAUGAGGGAGGAGGCGAGGAAGGUGGAGCGCGAAAAGGAGGAGGCGCGGCAGCGGGCGGAGGAAGAGCGGAAGAGGGAGGAGGCGAUAAAUAUGGAGCGCGAAAAGGAGGAGACUAGGCAGAGGGAGGAGGAAGAGCGGAAGAGGGAGGAGACGGAAAAGGUGGAGCGCGAAAAAGAGGAGGCGCGGCAGCGGGAGGAGGAAGAGCGCAAGAGGGAGGAGGCGAGGAAGGUGGAGCGCGAGAGGAAGGAGAAUCGGCAGAGGCAGGCGGAAGAGCGGAUGAGGGAGGAGGCGAGGAAUGUGGAACGCAAAAAACAGGAGGCGCGGCAGCGGGAGGAGGAAGAGCGCAAGAGGGAGGAGGCGAGAAAGAUGGAGCGCGAAAAGGAGGAGACUAGGCAGAGAGAGGAGGAAGAACGGAAGAGGGAAGAGUCGAGGAAGGUGGCGCGCGAAAAGGAGGAGAAGCGGCAGAGGGCGCUGGAAGAGCGGAAUAGAGAGGAGGCGAGGAAGGUGGAGCGCGAAAAGGAGGAACGGGAGCGGAACAGGCUGGAGGCCAAUGAGCGAGAAACGGGCGGAAAGCAAGCGAGGGAGAGGGACGAGCGUGAUCGAAACAGGCUGGAGGCAGCGCCGCGAGACCCGCGCGAAAGGGAAGAGGCGCGGCAGAGGCAAGAACGGGAGCGGGAAGGAGCACGAAAAGUGGUGGUUGGCGACCAGCCAACCGUGGGGCAGCAGGGGACGACGGUUCGUCGGGCAGCGGAGGCGGGUUUAGCGGGAUUGGGAACUGGAGGUCCGAGACAGGUUAUUCAGCGGGAUGGUGGCCGGCGUGAUGCGCAACCAGUUCAGAACAGGGUUGGCGAGGGAGACCGUAGGAGGCUCGAGCAGUCAAGGCCAGCCGGUCGGCGAGAGGGUGAAGCGCGGCGAACGCUACGGGGUGAGCGAGAGGCGGAGGAGCGUGUGUGGCGUGGGGUGGGAUGGGCAGUGGAGGGAGGACGAGUGGAAGAGGAGCUGGAGAGUGCGACGAGUGCGCUCCCUAUUCAGAGGCGCCGUGCGCGUGAGGCAGAGGGUCCUGCUGCGGUGCAGGCCGAGGGACUAGAGGAGGGUGAAUGGGUGGCUGUGGAGAGGGUGCUGGAGGAACAGGAGAAUGCCGGCCCCCAGGUUUUCGUGGAGACAGCGGGUGGAUUUGAGGAGGCUGGCGACCGCAUCGCAGCUAGCGGCAGGGUGCAAACCUCGUCAGAGUUAAUGCGGCGUCUGACGUUGGUGGCGAGGUCCGUGGCCAGGAUUUCGUCGGAGCAUGGUGUCCGCUUCAGCGAAUGCAUGGCCGAGAUCCGCCAGUUUGGUUCGCAGAUGCAGGGAUGGGACAUGCGCUACUUGCAGGACUACGACGAUCUCACGAACGAGUACCACGAGCUCAAAGAUUCAGUGGUCCGGGAGCGCGCGGAGCUCGUCCAAUUGCGUACUGCUCUGACGACGGCUGCCGCCGAGGCACGAGCGGCAGCAGCUGAUGCAGGUCGAGCAGCUGCAGCAGCGGCUGUUGGAGCAUUGCAGGAAAAGUUAGCUGGGUUUUUCGAAAGGUAUGAGGAGAAGCUGAAGGGUGUGGUGGAGCAGGCAAUAGAACGUGCGUCAAAAGGGGGGAAGCUGGAGGCCACGAUCGCUCCCAUCUCCAUGCAACACGUGCAAAAAGCUUUUGACAAAAGCAUCUACGAUGCGUGGGAGGAUCUCCGAACGGCAGACGACCAAAACCAGCUGACUUUCAAAGCGAUUCAGAAGGCUGUGGCAGAAUUGGGAGCAACGCUCAAAGGGCCGACUGGACCCAUCAGGGUUGAAAAUCCCGCCGCUGUCAGAGUUGAGGCCACACCAAACCCUGCGCGAACGCACACCGAAGCAGACUCUCCGGACAUCCCUAUUUCCGCGGCACAAAAAGUCAUGGAAAGGUUUGCCGCGACAUCGGAGGGCGUGGCGGCUGACGUGGGUGGGGCGGGUGGGGCAGGCGCCGGUGUGGCAGAUGUGUGCUUGUCCCAGCCGGUGAGCAGAAACUGGAGAGAGUCUUUUCGGGCGAAAGAGUUGCUGAAAGAGAAGGACAAGGAAAGCGACAAGAGGAGGGCGACCGAUGCGCGGAAACGGUCUGCAAUUCAAACGGCGCAAGCGACGGCAGCACAGAAGAGACGGGCUGUGGUGGGGGUGGGGAAUCCCAGAGGCGAUGAUGGGACUGGGACUGUUGUUAGCAGCGGGAGAGCGACGGAAAACCAAGAGGCAACAAUAACCGCGGAACCAGGAACCUUGCGUGCAACCAUGGCCGAGAGGAGGAAAGCGGAACAAGGGAAGAAGGCCGAGGAGGACCGCAAGCGUGCACAGGAGGAAAGGGCGCGGCAGGAUAAGGUGGUGGCAGAGCGGGCCGACAGAGCGGCCGAGGAAAAACGCAAGGCGGAUGAGGAGAGGAGGGUGCGGGAGGAGCAGGCGAUGGAGGCAGCUCGGGUGGAAAGAGAGGCGGAGGAAAAACGCAAGGCGGAUGAAGAGAAGAGGGUGCGGGAGGAGCAGGCGAAGGAGGCAGCUCGGGUUGAGAGAGAGGCGGAGGAAAAACGCAAGGCGGAUGAAGAGAAGAGGAUGCGGGAGGAGCAGGCGAAGGAGGCAGCUCGGGUUGAGAGGGAGGCGGAGGAAAAACGCAAGGCGGAUGAAGAGAAGAGGGUGCGGGAGGAGCAGGCGAAGCAAGCAGCUCGGGUAGAGAGAGAGGCAGAGGACAAACGCAAGGCGGAUGAAGAGAAGAGGGUGCGGGAGGAGCAGGCGAAGGCAUUGAAGGUUGCGAAAGAGAAGCGGGCGGAGGCACUGAAGAAGAAAAAGGAACUCCAGGCAAAGCGUGAGAGGAUGCAGGCACAACUGGACGAACUUGCAAAGUUGGAGGAGGAUGCGAAGGAGGAAGAGGAGAGGCAACUGAAAGAGUUGGAGGCGCAGAAGGAUAUGAUGGAAACAGAGAGGCAACAGAAUGCGGCGGAGGAUGCGGAGGAGGCAGCAGGGCAAGGGCAGCGCGAAUACGCGAUUCUUAGCGUUGCGCCCACGGCCGGGAUUCUUCAGGUGGUUCCUCCAGACCACAGACAGCCAGUCGAAAUUGUGGGUAUGGCAGAGGAUGUAGAGUCAAUGGAUCGGACAGGCCACACGGAUUCAGAGUCCCAAACGGCUUCGAAGAAACCCCGCACCGAUCAAUCAGCCGCCAACUUCAAUGCAGAAGCGGAGUCAGAGAAUGCGGCAGCGUCGGAUAACGAAGUUGGGGCAGGGCAUGCGAAUCUUGAGGCGGUGUUGGGAGAAGCGGUCGAAAAUGUGGCAGAAAAGGAUACGAUACCCGACGCACUGGGCAAAACGUGGGGUGUUUCCAAGCACUUAAAAAAAGCGGGGCUUUUUGAACGCGAAUAUCAACGGAAGGAUGGGACGAAGGAGGUGAGAUUCUCUUCGGAGCAAACAGUUGGAGGGAAGAAGAGAAACAUGGGGAGUUUCAAGGAGAAAUGGCGCCGUGACUUUACCGUUGCCAUCUGCUGGAUGGUGUACUAUCCAGAGACCGACAUGCUUCAUUACGGGAUGGAUCCCGUCGAAGUUGGGACAUGGGAUCCCUACCUCGAACUCGCACGCGAAUUGCCGACAGGAGUGUGGAGCGUGCUCAACAAAAUGGACAUGGACAAGUACGAAGACUUCAAGAAUGUCUUCGAGAAGAUUCAGGCAUGUGUGGAACGCGGCGAGCACUGGGAGAUCGCGGUUUGCGUGGGGAUAGGACAGGCCGUCGUCCUUGGUAGCACUGAUGCGGAGUCUCCGGCCAGUGGUGUCAAGUCCGCAGUAUAUGCAGCAGGGGUGGCCGCAUGUCUGUACACCUUGUGGGCUGCUUCGACAGGUAUUCCGAGUUCUGACUGGGAAGACGGUGCCGCAGCGGCAGCCCGUGGGACACUCGCAGAUCAAAGCCUUGCCAGUCGAGCAGCCUCAGUGUCUCGCUUCGGAAUAGCGGCUCUGCGUCGAGUUAGGGACAGCGUGCAUGCUCGGAGCGACUGGGAGUCGGUUCUUAGCGGAGUGAUAGGAUGCAUCAUAGAUCCCGAACCCAAGGACGAGCUGGAGGUUGGUAGCUUGGCGAAAGUGGUUGCUCGGGUGUUGGUGUACUGGUGCGAGUGCAACCUGGCUGCCGCGGGAAUCUACGCGUACCAAGGGGGUUUGCUCAACUUUGCCCAGGGGACGCGAGGGCAGAAGCGGAAGGCGACUGCUGGUGGCAAAGCGUGA